AUGCGGUGGCUCCAGCUCCUCACAGCGUCCCUGCUCCCCUUUGCAGCACUUGCCGCGAAGAAAUCGACAGGCGACCGCUUCAAAGAUGCCCGUGCCAAGUCACUGUCCGCCGGCCACCCACUCAAGCUUGACGACGCAACCUAUGCGCAAUUGACCAAAGCCCCGAGGGACUACUCGGUCGCUGUGCUGUUGACGGCGCUGGAGACGCGGUUCGGAUGCCAGCUCUGUAGGGACUUUCAGCCAGAGUGGGAUAUAUUGGGCAAGAGUUGGGUGAAGGGUGAUAAGGAUGCGAAAUCGAGGCUGGUCUUUGGAACGUUAGAUUUCGUCGAUGGAAAGAACACCUUCCAGUCGAUGAUGCUCCAAACUGCACCCGUUCUACUGUAUUUCCACCCCACAAUCGGCCCCAACGCAAAGGUUGACACGCAACCCGUACGAUUCGACUUUACGUCUGGUCCUCAGUCCGCCGAACAGAUCCACGCCUGGAUCUCGCGCCAGGUCCCCGAUGGUCUACCGAAGCCCUCCGUCUCUCGACCCAUUAAUUGGAUCAAGAUCAUCUCCGUCACCGUCAUCGUUCUCGGACUCGUCACAGUCGUCGCCGUCCUCGCCCCAUACAUCGUCCCCAUCCUUCAAAACCGCAAUCUCUGGGCUGCGUUCAGUUUGAUUGCCGUUCUACUCUUCACCAGUGGCCACAUGUUCAACCAUAUCAGGAAGACACCGUAUGUUUCCGGCGAUGGGAAGGGCGGGAUCAGCUAUUUUGCCGGAGGGUUCAGCAACCAGUUUGGGCUUGAGAGUCAAAUUGUUGCUGCCAUCUAUGGCGUCUUGGCUUUCGCGACAAUUUCACUGGCGCUCAAGGUGCCGAGGAUUGCUGAUGCGAGGGCACAGCAGUUUGCUGUGUUCCUAUGGAGCGGUGUGUUGCUAUGCAUGUACAGCUUCCUCUUGAGUGUCUUCAGGACGAAGAAUGCUGGCUACCAGUUCUGGCUACCUCCAUUCUAG